AGCAAGUAAUAUCAUCAGUCAACAAUCAGGAAAUGCUGUUGGAGUUGCUCUCAUAAUUUUCAAUGACAGAAAAAGAAAAUAUGAGCUACAGAAUUGUGGAAACUGUCAAAAAACUCCAAAGUUGAAGCAUCUCGGCAUUAUUAGACAGAACUAACAUUUAUAACAUUAUGAGUUUUUGGCUACAUUUGGUCUGCGUAGAGGCUCAAAUUACUGGUUUCUAGCUCAUAGGCAUAGCCGUCUGGUUACUAACAUAUCAAAUUUCAUCAAAUUCCUGCAGUACAAGCCUUCUUUUUACCAUACAAGAAACUUCUUUUGAUCCAAAUGACUUCUUUUUUACACUAUACAGUAUCAAUCAAUACUUUCACCACUAUUUCAAUGAUAACAUGCUAGUAAAAAAAGGCAUUAUUGAUAAAAGGCAGUUUUUAGGUGAAUCUAGUCAUUUUAUUUUGAUCAUGUGUUUCUUAUGAAGUACUCACAAUACUCGAAGUAUUAAUUAUUAAACAUCAGUAGUGGCCAAAAUUGAAAACAAAAUACUCCACACAAAGCGUACUACCUAUAGUGGUAUAGUUUAAAGCUGCCAAAUUAUAAUACUAGUAGCUAAUGGCCAGUUACAUGUUUACGCAAGUUUGGCAGACACCAAGUGACAUGCUGAGAAAAUGUUUAACGAAACAGACUAAAACUAGAAUGGUCAUCGAUAAAACUCCUCUAUAAGCAGCAACAUGAAAUGGCAAUUCUAUAAGUCCAUAUAAGAAAAGGUUGAAACCAGAUGCUCCGGUAUUGUUGGUAUAAAUCACUUGUGUAAACCGGACAACAUUCAAAUCAAACUAGGACAUGACAGAAUUAUGGCCUCAGAAACAGAAGUUAAAGGUAAUGCAGCAACGAGUAAAAACAAGCAGAAAUAUCUUGCAGAAGCACAGCAGAGGGUUAGUAGUUCAUUUGCUACUACCUGCAUGAAAGAAUUCUAAUCUCUGUGCAGGCAUAGUUGUAGAGAAAAUCUUAAGAGCCCUCUCUUGCAAUUUGGUACUUGAGAAAUUGAACAUAUAAACCCAGCUACGUUACCCGCCAUUCUAGCGCCCCUGAGUGAUUUUCACCGCGUGAGCCGUUCGAUCUUGUUACUCUCGUACGAUUUUUGCUGCUGGCGAUCGCUGGACCGUCAAUUCUUUUGCACCUUUGUGCUCGUUUCAGAGGUGGAUGACUGAUGGGCCUCGUUAAGUGUGGGUCCAGAGAAUGAUGUGAAUUUACUCUGGUUUUACGUAGCUGAAUUAUGGGAUGUGCGGGCCGCGCGGUGAAAACCUAAUCCCCAAUCCCAGCCCGUCCUCGAGCCCCACAUUCCCUCCCCUCCCCUUUAGCUUCGUCGCCGCCGCCUCUCCCUGCCCUCCGGCCUCCACCACCACCACGCCCCUUGCUUCCCCUUCGCUUUUAUCCUCCUCUCGAUCCGGCGCUGGCACACACAGUGGUUAUGGAUGGGCCGCUGGUUGCCUUCAUGGGAGAGUGCGGCGUUGAGGUUUUCAGCAUGGGUGUGGAGGAGCGGGAAGAGGUGAGGAGGAUGACAACGUGGGAAAAAAGCAGCCAGAUCGAAGCUCUCGUUGCCGCUCGCGUUGCCAUGGAGUGGAGGGUCGCCGUUGGCCGCAUCACAGACAAGCGAGGACGAGGACAACGCCUGGAUUUGGCGAUGGCAUCAUAAGAGGCCUGGGCCUCCUCCACGGACAAGCCCGCUUGGCGGCGGCGAUCUGAGCACCAGUUCAAGGUGAGGCACCUCCUCUAGCCACAUCCAGUUUCUCCCUGAGUUUAUUUUAAAAUAAUGAGUUCUUGUUAUGGAUUUGAAUUUUUUCUUUGUAGUACUCUGUCGGCUGUGGCUGGAACACCUGACAUCACUGCCAUCAAAACGCCAUUGCCAAAUGCCUCUGAAAUUAAUUAUAAGCAAGAGUGGUAUGGCUUGCACAAUGUGGCAUUUUAGCCGAUAAAAGUCAUUCGUGUUUUAGACACAAAAGAAAAAGAUUGAGGCUGAAGCACCAACCACAAGCGGUGCCACAAAAAUAUGGACAGGGGAACACUCGAGCGCGUGCCGCGCCCAACUAAAGCAGAGCGGCAAAAGAGAGAAACAAACUUGAGGGCAAAAUCCAUUAACUACUGUAUAUACCGGAAUCAUCACAAACGGUCAGCACAAUAUUAUAUAUACUGUUUUCCCCUAAGGAAGAACUUGUUCAUAUCUGUAGCAGCAGCUAACACGGAGUGGUUAAUGGAGAAGAGUAGCUUCGCCACUAAUAAUUGAUUUUUCAGAAGAAUGAAGAGAAGCUAAACUUUCAGUGAAUGCGUGUUAACACUUUCAGUUUUCUGAAGAAAAGCUUCAGGCUUCUGCAGUUUUCAUUCUUCACGGCGCAGAGGUUACAGAGGUCAGAUGAUGUGUGCAAGGAAGGAAAGAUGCAGACAAGCAACGCCGAAGACGUCUUCAAAGCGCUUGAUGAGAUUGAGUUCCCAGAGUUGGUAGAGCCCCUGAGGACUGCAUUGGAUGAAGCAAAAAGGCAGCCUGGAGCAAAACAGAGGAAACUAGAUAAAGAGCCAAUGCUGCAGAGCAAAAUGAUCGAGCAAACGAAGCCAACGCGGACGACGAUUAACUGCUCUAACCUUGUGGUAGGUUGAAUCUGAGUCACAUUAAUGGGUGAACUUUCUCGUAAUUCUUUUUCC